GACAAUAGAUGAAAUGCUUUUCGCAUUCAGGGGACGAUGUGGAUUUCGCGUUUACAUUCCCAGCAAACCUGCCAAGUGCGGCAUCAAAGUCCAAGUUCUUGUUGAUGCAAAAUCUUUUUACACAGUAAAUUUGGAGGUAUAUGCAGGAAAACAACCUACAGGCCCGUAUUCUGUAAGCAACAAGGCUUAUGAUGUUGUAGAAAGACUAGUCCAGCCCAUAUCGCGCACGAAUCGCAAUAUAACUUUUGAUAACUGGUUCACCAGUUACGAACUGAUGAUGCGUUUGCUGAAUGAGCACAGGCUUACGUCGACUGGAACUGUGAGAAAAAACAAAAGAUGUAUUCCGGCCGCAUUUUUGAAGACCGGAAAGGCUCCAGGAAGUUCCAUGUUCGGUCAUCAAAAGGAUGUUUCUAUGGUCUCCUAUGCACCUAAAAAGAAUAAAGUGGUCAUAGUAAUGUCAAGCCUACAUCAUGAUGACAAAAUUGAUAGCGCUACAGGAAACCAGAAAAAGCCAGAGAUGAUAACAUUCUACAAUUCAACUAAAGCUGGAGUAGAUGUUGUCGACGAACUGUGUGGUAGUUACAAUGAUUCGCGUAAUAGCAAGCGCUGGCCUAUGAUCAUUUAUUAUGGGAUGUUGAAUAUAGCUGCUGUCAAUGCAAACAUUAUUUUUCGUGAAAAUCAGGGCAAAGACACCAAACGAACCGAUUUCAUCCGUAACUUAGGCUUGGCUUUAGUUUACGAACACCUGAAGUUGCGAAAAGACCAAAAAAAUAUUCCGAUAUACAUACGUCAGAGAAUCUCUUCCCAGAUCAACGAACCACUUUCAUCGACUCAAAAUGUUCCUGGUCGUUAUAUUAGAUGCGGAGAUUGCCCAUACAAAAAGGAUCGGAACACAAAAUACGCAUGUGCAAACUGUGGAAAGGCUAUCUGUAUGGAGCAUGCAACUUUUUUUUGCAAAAACUGCACUGAUUUGAACUCCAGUUCCUAA